AAAAUGAGAGCUUGUGGUUCAACAUCCUCAACAAUGAAGGCCACCGUAGCAACCCUAGCUCUGCUUCUGUAUGUGUGGGUUGGGAUUCUUCAGCUUAAAGCAGAGGAUGAAGUUCAGCUAGAAGAAGCUGCUCAGAUGCAGCAGGAUCCACCCCUGACUGAGGGAUUUGAGAAAACGCAUGAUGACCACAUGAAAGUAGCGUUCUCAGCUGCUUUGGGAAUGGAUGGAUUCUACGGGCCCUUCACAACCGAUGUUACAAUGAGCUUCAAAAAAGUCUUCACAAAUAAUGGAAACGCUUAUAAUCCAGUCACAGGUGUCUUCACUGCACCAGUCAAAGGGGUCUACCACUUCACAGCCACCAUCUUUGGGAAGUACAGUGACCACUGGACGGGCAUGAGGUUUUUCCGUAAUGAAGAUAUAAUGUUUACAAUAUCUGACCUUCCCAAUGGAAACCAUGUGAUUGUCAGUAGAGACAUCAGUCUGUCACUGGAGAAGGGCGAUGUUGUAUUCAUAAAACUUACAGCCAACCAUCAGGUUUAUGAUGACUACAACAACUUUAACACUUUUGGUGGCUUCCUGCUCUUCUCUCUGUGACACGGUGAUGGAGGAAGUGUAAUUGUUUAAUUGUUUAUCGCUGCUGAUGGAACAAAACCUUGUAUGUCCAUUUUUGUUUUUCAGUUUUUGACAUAAUUUGAAAAUGCAUGUUGUGCUUUACAUUAUGUGUAGAUUUCGUGAUGACUGGACCAAAGGAAACAGCCCAAAAUUGCUCAGAAAAACAUUCGGGUUCCAUUGACUUACAUUAAAAGUAAAGUAGGUUUUUUCCUUCUCCUGCAAAGUUACCGUUUUGGAGAUAAGAGAUUUUGUUUCAACAACAGCAAUAUGUAGUAUUUCUAGCUGUCUAGCUGAUUGCGUGUGUCCAAAUAACAACAAGUACAAAAUUGCAAACCAUAAACAAAGCGAACA